AUGGUCGAUCUACUCUAUAUUAUCACAUUAGUACCAACUCUAUUGCUAUCAUCACUUCGAUCAGAUGACGAUCUAUUCGAUAAAAUAAACUACAAAUAUACCGUCGCUCUACUAGUUCUUUUUGCAACUCUGACUGCGACCAAGCAGUUCGAUGAAGACCGAAUCGAAUGUUGGAAUCGAGCUAAUUUUAUCAGACCGUAUAUACAAUACACAAACCAAAUCUGCUACAUAUCUUCCACAUACUACGUCGAUAAAAACCAAACAAUUCCACAAAAUGUACAAGAACGAAUGGAUAGCAAAUUAAACUAUUACCAAUGGACACCAUUUAUAAUCUUAUUGAUGGCAUUGUUUUUCUAUCUUCCACGGUUGAUCUGGCGUACUUUGAGUAUCCGUUCAGGAAUUGAUCUUUUAGACAUCGUUCAAACUGCCGAUGAUACAAAGAAAUUGGAAAAAUUUGAUGAGCGCGAUCAAUUGAUUAGCUAUGUUGUGGAUACCAUCGAUAUGUACGUCGAUGAUGCACGUCGACAAAGUGAUGCCGAAGCGCGACAAGCCUCGUUGAUAGUAAAGUUAUUUCAAUUGGUUUGUUGUAUGACGGGCAAAUUUCUCGGAAACUAUUUCAUAACACUUUAUAUGUUCAUCAAACUUUGGUAUAUACUCAAUGUUAUUCUACAAAUUUGCUUGUUGAAUAUAUUUCUUGACACAAAUUUUUUACAGUUUGGCUAUGAAAGUGUCAAAUUAUUUCGUUAUGGCCUAAAUCAACCGGAAUCGAAGUACUUCCCGCGAGAAACUUUCUGUGAUUUUCAAGUUCGAGAACCUCUACGAGGCGGAGAACCAUUACAAAGAAUUACUGUCCAAUGUGUUCUAACGGUUAAUUUGUUUAAUCAACAAACAUUUACUUUACUGUGGAUAUGGUAUAUUUUCGUCUUUAUCUCCAAUGCGUGUUCAUUUGUCAUUUGGAUCGGGCGUCUCAUGACAUACAGCCAACGGGAGAAAUAUAUACAAACACGUUUAGCACGUAUAUCUCGUCCAGAUAUUCCGCGUUUUCGUAUGGAGUUUAAAUACUGUCCACGUACUCUUGGCGAACACGUUCACGCCGCACUCGUUGAAUCAUUCAUCACCGAAUACUUGGAACCCGAUGGGUACUUCAUCCUUCGAAUGUUAACUCUCAAUGUAUCGGACUUUUUCGUGCAAGAAAUUAUUGAACAAUUGUGGGAACGCUACGCGCUCCGAUAUGGAAACAAUGAUGCUAUCAUGGCUGAGGAAGAUUAUUAUAGCCAUCGAAAAGAUGAUCGUCGCCAUGUACACAAAAGUCGAUCACAUCCACACUAUUCGUAUGUGGCGGGUGCACGGAGCGGCGUAACAGAUGGAGAAAGGAAAUAUAUGAAACAAAAUACAGGAGUGGAUAAAGAGUUACUGAGAUCGAAAAGUAGUCCAGGUCCAAGAGCAACUUCAGUUGUCACUCACGAACCAGUCUAG